GCUGCCUUUCUGGCUCCCCUGCGGAGCCGCUCGCAGGAGGAGGCAUCCGAGCAGGGGUCCCACUCGCGAGGGCCGAUGGCCCGGGUUGGGGACAAGGCUGGCAGGCAGAGCUUAGGCUAAGGGAAGGGACGCCUUAGAGGGGUGGCCACCCCGGAGCCUGAUGCAGAUGAUCAGAGCCUCAGAGCAACGGAGGAGCGGACCUGGGGGUCUCCUGCGGGGUAUGCAGGGCUGGGAACUGGGGAACCCAGGAUGAGAGGAAAGCCAUAACGCACAGCCAGACGUGCUGCAUGAGGGGCCGCAGGGGCGACCGCAUGACCAUCAACAUCCAGGAGCACAUGGCCAUCAACGUGUGCCCCGGGCCCAUCAGGCCCAUCCGCCAGAUCUCCGACUACUUCCCCCGCAGGGGGCCAGGACCCGAGGGUGGUGGCGGCCGGGGCUGCGGGGAGGCCCCAGCUCAUCUAGCCCCCCUGGCUCUGGCCCCCCCUGCGGCUCUCCUUGGGGCCUCUACACCCGAUGAUGGAGCUGAGGUGGACAGCUAUGACUCGGAUGAUACCACUGCUCUGGGCACACUGGAGUUUGACCUUCUCUAUGAUCAGGCCUCCUGCACGCUUCACUGUAGAAUUCUCAGGGCCAAGGGCCUCAAGCCCAUGGAUUUCAAUGGCCUGGCUGACCCCUAUGUCAAGCUGCACCUCCUGCCAGGAGCCUGCAAGGCUAAUAAGCUAAAAACUAAGACGCAGAGGAACACACUGAAUCCUGUGUGGAAUGAGGAGCUGACAUACAGCGGAAUCACUGAUGAUGACAUCACUCACAAGGUGCUCAGGAUCUCUGUCUGUGAUGAGGACAAGCUGAGCCACAAUGAAUUUAUUGGAGAGAUCCGAGUGCCCCUCCGCCGCCUCAAGCCUUCACAGAAGAAGCAUUUUAACAUCUGUCUUGAGCGGCAGGUUCCGCUUCCUUCACCCUCAUCAAUGUCUGCAGCGCUGAGGGGCAUCUCUUGUUACCUGAAGGAGCUAGAACAGGUGGAGCAGGGACCUGGGCUGCUGGAAGAGCGUGGGCGCAUCCUGCUAAGCCUCAGCUACAGCUCUCAGAGGCGGGGGCUGCUGGUGGGCAUCGUUCGCUGUGCCCACCUGGCUGCCAUGGAUGUCAACGGUUACUCUGACCCUUAUGUGAAGACGUACUUGAGACCAGAUGUGGAUAAAAAAUCCAAGCAUAAAACAUGUGUGAAGAAGAAGACGUUAAACCCGGAAUUUAAUGAGGAAUUUUUCUAUGAGAUGGAGCUCUCCACUCUGGCCACCAAGACUCUGGAAGUCACAGUCUGGGACUAUGACAUUGGCAAAUCCAAUGACUUCAUAGGUGAGGGGAAGAACCCACCAGGUGCUGUUGUGGGAGGCAGGGCAGGAAAAUGGACACUGACUAGGCCUGCCUCGAUUUGCUCUCCAGGCGGUGUGUCCCUGGGGCCAGGAGCCCGAGGAGAGGGAAGGAGACACUGGAGUGACUGUCUCCAGCAGCCAGAUGCAGCCUUGGAGCGCUGGCACACCCUGACCAGCGAGCUGCCCCCAGCAGCUGGGGCACUCCCUUCAGCUUGAGCAGACAGCAGCUGCCCAGCGCAGGCCCCUCAGGCCGGGUCUAGUACCCAACCUUCGCACGAGUGUGUUGCACGUUUACACGGGGUGGGCUGCCCCCUGCCCCGCACUACCUGUCUUAUUUUUGUGAGAGUUUCUGUGACUGUGGGUCUGUCUUCUUGUGAGGGACUGUGGAGAUCUAUAUUCACAUAUGCAAACUUUCUCCUGCCUGACUUGCUGUUACCUGCAAAUAUGCAACCACCCCAGGCACAGGGCAGAGCAGGGAGUCCCCUGCCAGCACUCCUGCCCCACCCCACUACUCCUCUCUAGGCCUCUCCAGGCUGCCUGGCCUCCUGCCCCAUAGGGAGGAGGUUGGAUUAGGGGAGAUUUAGAGGAGUUUCCAAAAGAGAAAAGGACAAGUUAAAAAAAAAAAAAAAAA